AGAGUCUGGGCGAACAAGUUCAGGGGCAGGCAACAAGGUCCGGGUGCUGAACGAGGUGGCUGGACAAGCCUAGCGGGAGAGAAACCUGAGGCCACGAGCGACCUCCGGAGGAGCCCCUAGAUUGGAGUCUUAGCUGAGACACCGCAGCAUGCAACCAGCCCAGAUGCGCCUUGCAGAACGAGAGCCGAUUUUCCACACUCUUCCUGCAGUCAGGCCUGCACGCCUUCCGGAAUCCACCACCACUAUCCCUAUUGUUCCCUGAAAUGAACGUUCCUGGCGCGCCCUCUCGUGGACUGUCGAAGUAACCAUCUGUCUGUAGGAAGACAUGGCAACCACGCAUGCGCAGGGCCACCAGCCAGUCUUGGGGAACGACACUCUCCGGGAACAUUACGAUUACGUGGGAAAACUGGCAGGCAGGCUGCGGGACCCCCCUGAGGGUGGCACCCUCAUCACCACCAUCCUCUUCUUGGUCACCUGUAGCUUCAUCGUCUUGGAGAACCUGAUGGUUUUGAUUGCCAUCUGGAAAAACAAUAAAUUUCACAACCGCAUGUACUUUUUCAUCGGCAACUUGGCUCUCUGCGACCUGCUGGCCGGCAUAGCCUACAAAGUCAAUAUUCUGAUGUCCGGCAGGAAGACGUUCAGUCUGUCUCCAACAGUGUGGUUCCUCAGGGAGGGCAGUAUGUUCGUAGCCCUGGGCGCUUCCACCUGCAGCUUAUUGGCCAUUGCCAUUGAGCGACACCUGACCAUGAUCAAGAUGAGGCCGUAUGACGCCAACAAGAAGCACCGCGUGUUCCUUCUGAUUGGGAUGUGCUGGCUAAUUGCCUUCUCGCUGGGUGCCCUGCCAAUCCUGGGCUGGAACUGCCUGGAGAACUUUCCCGACUGCUCUACUAUCUUGCCCCUCUACUCCAAGAAAUACAUCGCCUUCCUCAUCAGUAUUUUCACUGCCAUUCUGGUGACCAUCGUCAUCUUGUAUGCGCGCAUCUACUGCCUGGUCAAGUCCAGCAGCCGCAGGGUGGCCAACCACAACUCCGAGAGAUCCAUGGCCCUUCUGCGGACCGUAGUGAUAGUGGUGAGCGUGUUCAUCGCCUGUUGGUCUCCCCUCUUUAUCCUCUUCCUCAUCGACGUGGCCUGCAGGGCGAAGGAGUGCUCCAUCCUCUUCAAGAGCCAGUGGUUCAUCAUGCUGGCUGUCCUCAACUCGGCCAUGAACCCUGUCAUCUACACGCUGGCCAGCAAAGAGAUGCGGCGCGCCUUCUUCCGGUUGGUGUGCGGCUGUCUGGUCAAGGGCAAGGGGACCCAGGCCUCACCCAUGCAGCCCGCCCUUGACCCAAGCAGAAGUAAAUCAAGCUCCAGUAACAACAGCAGCCACUCUCCGAAGGUCAAGGAAGACCAGCCCCGGGUGGCUACUUCUUCCUGCAUCAUUGACAAAAACAGGUCGCUUCAGAAUGGGGUACUCUGCAAGUGACGGUCUCCACAGGGCAAGCUCUGCAGCCACACCUAUUUAUUGCAUGCAUCACUUCCACGUGGGGCCUUAAGAGAUCUUAACUCUGGAGGUCUGCUUGCUGUGGCCAGACUGUGUGGCAUCUCCUGAGGAGGAGACCCAAGGAGUCACCAACACAUUUCAGCCUGGACAUGGAUGUGCCUUAUCUGUUAAGGGCUCCAUCCUUCUGAAUGUACCAAGCUGAUGAUAUGGUCGGCUGCCUUCGGAUGCCGCUUCCCCUGGUCCAGGGAGGGCAGGUGGUGAUGUGCUAUGCACAUGCACGUUGGGAUGAUGUCUUCCUACUUUCACACUACAUUUACUUUUCAUAGAAUGGGUGCUCGUGUGUGUGUGUGUGUGUGUGUGUGUGUGUGUGUGUGUGUGUUCAUUGCUGUGUUGUACAGGAUGUGUACGACUGACUUUUUCCAGGUGGAGCCCAUUACAAAGUGUCAGUCCUCCACACAUCAUUGGUCCAAACCUGCCCACACUGCUGUCCCAGGUUCAGCAUGUGAUAAGGUGAUGUCCCCUUCCCAGUGCCCUUGCACCGGUAACUGUGCAAGGUUACUAAAAGUAACCUUGAAUAGCUGUGAAAAGUUACUAAAGUAUUCUGCAUUCUCAAAAGCCUCAAGAGCAGCCCGGGUGUGGGGGUCUUACCCUUACAUUCCCGCGCCCCUCCCUCUUGGGUCCCUUGUGUAAGCUUAAGUAAACCUGUAAGCCAAAUUAUGUGAUCAUUGAGGCAUUUCUGAAAACCACAGAAAAGCCAGCCGGGAUCUCUCAGAAUGCUGGCACCACUAAAGGAAGAACUCCCAAGGAGAAGCAGGGUGCUCUCCACUGUGGGUCAUCUUUCCAGGCGACUGCAGUCUGUCUGCUGCAUGUAGAGUUUCCAGCAGUGACAUUCACAAGCCAGCCCUUCAUCUGUAUGGUUCCAAGUUCAAGUUUAUAGAGAGAAGCUUGAGGCUGGUGGUCCCCUUUGCUGUCACCCUUUGCUGGCAAGGAGCUGGAGCUGUCAGCAAAGCUUCUCAACUCCCUCAAUUAUGGACCCUGACCAGGACUAUUCAGUGAGAGGAAUCCACCAUGCUGGGAGGCGUGAUUUGGUUAUUUGUGCACUCUUUAGAGAGAACCAUUCUAAUUCCCAUAUGAUGGACGCUCCAGCCACUCUUCCCCGCUUGGACCUGCGUUCAUUUGUCCAUCCUGCAAAGAAAAUUCGCAGAGGACACUUGUGAACAUCCCCUCCUUAAGGACUCCGUUCACGGGGCACACAGAUGAAAGGUGGGUACGUUGGAGAGAGUGGCCAGCAUCCAUGCUCCCAGAACAGCCUUUGGAAGGACUCUCACUUGGGAAAACCUCCUGUCAGGGCUCCCCAUAAGUUGAUUAGCCUCAGAGACCGUUGCCUUACGAACCCUGGAAGAGCAGCCUUUACACACCCACAGGCCUUUUUUAAAGCUGAUUUUUUUUUCUCUCUUUGUGAUUACCUGAAGGCAUUUGCUCUUGCUUAGGGACAUUUUUUCAGGGUCUUUGGUAACCCCGGUCUGACUAACUAAAGACUUUCCCUCCUGUCACUCCUGGUGGAUAAAGGUCACUGCCAAGAAAUUCUGCUCGAUCAUUGGCCUGGCCCUUCUCUAUGUCACCGAGAAUGUCACCAUGUUGACAAAACCCAUGGCAUUUCUGGAAAAGGAAAGCAUACAAGUGCUGGGUUAAGGGAAAAACAAUAGCAGAGCAGAGUGUAGGGAAGUUGGGUGGAAAGAGAAUGGGGCUUGUGGGUAUGCUCUUUCAUGAUUGCAAUGCUUUGAGGCCAUGGGUCGGGGUCACUGAUAUUAAUCACACAUUGUACAGGAUUCUGGCUUCUCCAUUUUCUCCUGUGUCUGCUUUCAUGCAACAGCCCUUGUGGAGGGCCAGGCCCACCAUCCCCAGCUAGGAGGUGACAUUUAUAGCAUGACAGACUGCCAAGCAACUGAAAAUAAAAAUACACUAAAACCCAAUUGCGCUCACUUGAUGUGUGCCCAGUGGAUCUGUCAGCAGUGAUGCCAGUGUGCACACCUUUCCCUAACUAAGCCUCCGAGGCAGCACUGAGACAAUCGGGUGCAUCCAACCUCCACUCCGAAGGUGGAAGGUCAGGAGCAAGUGACACCAGAGACCCUGGGGCUCACCCAAGGUAGUGAGCGACCUUUACUACUUGCAGUUUAUGUUUGUUAAUAAUAAAUAAAACCAAAAGCCUUUAUAUAAACCCA